GAAUUAACCGCUCUUUUGGUUCCCCUCAAUGACGUCAUAGCCCAGUAUUGGCUUGAUUCAGCAUCAAGAUAAUCUCAAAAGAAAAGUGAAGUGUAAACGGUCAACAGCAUGGCCCUCAACCUCCUGUCGAGCAGAUUAGGGUCAUGUGAUUCAUGCUCGAAAGCGGAGUCCAGAUAUCGCUGUCCACGGUGUGAAGUCACCUCGUGCUCCUUGGAGUGUGUUCAAAGUCACAAAAGCCGGACGAAUUGCUCGGGAACGCGGGACAAGACCAAAUACAUUCCGACCAAUAAGUUUACGGACCUCGACCUUUUGAGCGAUUAUCGACUCCUCGAGGAGAUCGGUCGAGUCGUUGACAUUUGCGAGAGAGACAAAUCCAAAGAGAAAACUUCACACCCACAUCACCAAGAUCCUCUUUCAGAGAAUUUUAAGAGCCUAAAGAAGGCGUGCAAGCUGCGGAAGGGUCCUCGGUUGCUCUUCCAACCCAGUCAUUUUCAACGUCACAAAACCAACACAAGCUUCGUUGAUUGGGGGAGUAGCCAAAUCGAGUGGAAGUUGGAGCUGGUCUUCCCUCAUUGCCAACAGAACAUCGUGAUCCCCAGAGUGCACGAGAAAACCAAACUCUAUGAGGUUCUCCUGCCUUACAUCGAAGCGGAUGAUCACUAUCCUGACUUAGACCAGGACCCAUUCGCCACUUACCGAGCUUUGGGAUUCAAUGGGAUCCAGGUGUUGCAGAAGAACGAAAACAUUCUAGGCGAACCUGGGACACUCAAUCGCUUUGUCGAGCUGAAUCUCAAACAAUCACUCCAAUCCAAUCUCCGUGGGAAGUGGGUGGUGGAACAUCCCAUUGUUUUUGUGAUCCUCAAACAUCAUAGAGACUUUUUCCUGGAUAACUCUCUGGCAGAAAGUGAAAAUGAGCUGAAUUGGUCACAUUUCCAAAAUUCAACAAUCAAAACAAACAUGGCCACUUCAGGGGAUGUACAGAAACCCGAUCUAAAGCGGAAACACCCCGAAGACAUGCAUGAAAAUGACGGCUCGGACAAAACCACCCAGGCGCCCAAAACCUUCGGUCUCUUUGCCGGAGAUUCUGAAACAGAUAGUGAUGGGGAAACGGAAGUUGCUAGCACUGAUGCAGCUAGUUUAACUCAAGUUGACCAAACUGAGAAGGUGGCGAAAAUGCUAAACGAGAACGCCGUCAAAUGGAUGAAACCUCGCCAAGAGUAUGAGGACAAUGCAUUUGUGAGAUCGUUUUUUAAUCAACAAGAAUCAGAGGGUUGUGCUUCUGAGAUGACUAACAAAAAGGCUGAGAUGACGGAAGUGUCCAAGGGUGAAGAAACAGAUGCCAAAGCCUACGAACAAUAUUAUGACUACUACUUGAAUUAUUACAAAAAGAAGUACAAUCUACAAGAUCAACCACCGCCUCCUGGCCCUCAAGGCGAAGUUGAUUUGAAAGGCUCAGACACUGCUAGUAAACCACUUGGACCAUUAGUUGACUACGGGAGCGACAGUGAAUAUUCGAAGGGCAAACAUUCUGCGCAAUUCAUUGAUGGUCACUGUUCUGUUAAAAAUAUUCGAGAUUCUCUCAGAUCUGGUUGUAAUUGCCAGUUGUGCGAGAACGAACCCUGCCAAAGAACUCUGAUGAAAAUGGUGGUGGCGUCUGAAAAUGGCUCUGCAGCCACGUUAAAAAGUGAGAAGCAGUUGGAGAACGCCCGCAUUCACUUUGCCAAGGCCGAGAGAAAGACCAAAUCCACGGUCUUGCGAUGGAAACCCAAGUUUGCUAUGGCCGGUGAGGAGUACUGCAAGGCAGCAAUCUUGUUCCACCAAGCUGGUGACGUUGAGGAAUGCAAGAUGAACCUCUUGAAGGCCACUGAGUGCUUCAAAAAGAAAAGGUCUUGGUACAGUGCCGCAAAGACCUUGGAACAAGCCAUGAUGAUCUCACUCCGACAGGGUGAUUUAACUGCUGUCACAGAACUGGCUUGGAGGUCGGCCGCGCUUUUUCGAAAGGCUGGACAACCCGACAGUGCCGCUCAAUUAUUGGAAAGAGCCAGCAAAGCCAUUGAGACCAAGCAACCCUACAACUCUGAGUUGAUGUUGGAAAAGGCUGCCGAGACCGUGGAAACUGAGAACCGGCCCAUCCAAGCUGCUAGCUACAUUACCAAGCUGCUCAAAAUCGCAUUAGAGAGACGAGACAAACGAGAUGCCAUCAAGAAAAGCCGGAAAUUGGUUGAGCUCUUCCAGGAAGCUGGCCAUAAACCUAGCACUGGGCGUAAUGUCCUUGGAUUAGUUUUGCUCUUACUGGAUUCAAACCUGCCAGGAGAAGCCGAGAUUGUUGCAAGAGAAUUUGGAAACAAUUGUACGUUGGAGCAGAAUGUCGUGAUUGAAGAUCUAUUGGACGCAUUUGAUCAAAAUGACGAAAACAAGAUCCAAAAGGCCAUGGGCAACAAGUGUCUCCUCACGUUGGACGUGGAGUUCAAGCCGUACAUCGACGACCUUUCACUGCCUAAAGAAAUGGCCACAUUGGGGAUACGGCCCCGUUCUCGAUCCAGGCGCAGCUUUGCCAAGAGAAGCCCAGAAGACAAGAAACCGGAUGAGACAGCUGUCAAGGACAACACUUCUACCACGAAUACAGUGACGUCAUCCAGCGAUGAAACCGAAAAGAAGGAACCAGCCGAGGGUAAACCCAUUGAGGCCGGUGAGGCAGGAGAGAAGAAGGCACCGAUUUACGAUGGCGCCGACAUGAAACUCGAGGACGGCAAAGGAGUUGAGAGGGACGACAAAGUGGCGGGUCUUCCCAAGUCUAAGAUUCCCACGGGCAAGAAGAGGAACCCCUUGGUCAAAAUGAAGACUCAGGCGGACUUUGGAAACAAUACGCCAAAGAAAAAAGAGCCUUCUGCUUAUAUUGACGUGACCACGGAUUCAAUUGAUCGACACCGCCCCUCUAAUCUCCCUCCUCCAGCUGUCUACGUGGAUGUGGAGGGUGUGGAUCCUUUGCAGCCAGCCUAUAUGGGCAUGACUGCAGAACAAUGGCGUGAGUUCAAACGUGCCAACGCUCAUGAAGAGAUGGACGCCGGUUUUGAUAUGGGCGGCAUUGGCGGAGGUUUUGACGACGGUGAUGACGGGGGCUUUUAAAGAUCUGAACCCCUUCAUUAGAUGUAUGAUUAUUAAUGUAUUAAGUUCAUUGUUGAUUAAAUAAGUAUGUCAAAAAAACCAGGAAGUGAGAUUGAAUGUACAAAUGCUGAAUUUGGAAUCCUCCGGAAAUUGAAUUGGUCACACUGCCUGAAAGUUGGGUCGUAAGGUAAUCUGGUUUGAAACAAGUAAUCUGACAUGAAGCUAUUCCUACCCUGAAUGACUUCUUUCGCUUGGUCUUCAUUGAGAGUAGCCGAACCAGUUUGCGGUUCGUCAGGUAAUGAUCCAAAGGAUGGUUCUCGAAUCCAGUCCAAAAACAUUUUUAUUCGUGUGCCUAUCCCCGGUUUGUUUCGUAGCCCACAAUCUUGCCCUCGACUUACCAAAGCCAAUAAAACUGCAUGGCCCUCGAUAUUGGUCCAGAUGGGACCACCACUAUCUCCACCACACGAAUCCUGAAAUAAGAUCUGUAGCAACAGUAUAUUUAACAAUAUUAAUGCACUUGGUGCCUUAAAUAUCGAUUUUAUUUUUUACCCCACAAAAACCUAAAAUGUGCCCUGGUAUCAAUAGCCAAACAACCCAUCAGAUAUGUCAUACAACAUAUAAGCGAUGUCAUGUCAGUCAUCAACUGGAAAAACUAUGUAUUUUAUUUAUAACCACUGAGGCUUACCCCUCGCUAUUAAGAUGUCUUAAACAACUUUAGUUUUUUCCACCAAAUUUGAUUGAUUGAGACCUUGAUGCAACAUUUUAAGAAUAAACCAGACGGAAAGCACGGA